AUGUCUCGAUUGGAAUCGCUUAAGUCGUUUCUAACGGAGCGGCUAUCAGCAGCUGCUAAGGAGAUAUUUGUCGUGAUGGAACAAACGAUAACCAAGUGUGAGGGAGACAUUUCCCGUGCCAACCAGGAGAACGCGCGUCUACGAAGCCUAGUUUUGGACGUCACGGUGAACCCUGAAAUGCUAGUCUCAGGUCUGCAGCUAGCUAGGCGGGUAGCUAUGCAGUUUAUGUAGAAAUUCUUAAAUUAUACUCUGACCUAUCUAUGUAUUUUUCAUGAUCGUCGACAGAUGCGGAGCAAGGCGCAGCGUGAUAGGCGUACAUACUUUAUUAAGUGUACACAACACGAACCAAAACAACAAACCAAACGAUACGUGAAGUCCUAGGUCAUAACACAAACCUUUCGGAUCAAGAUCCCACAAAAUAACAGUGCCAAACAGGCUGCCUAAGUAUGGUCCCCAAUCAGAGACAACAAGCUACAGCUGCCUCUGAUUGGGAACCACCCUGGCCAACAUAGAUAUACACGAACUAGAACACAAACCUAGAGAACUAAACAAUGAAACCUACACACCCUGGCUCAACAUAUAAGAGUCCCCAGAGCCAGGGCGUGACAGUAUUACCGUCUCUCUAGCUAGCCCAUAUAUCUACCGUAGGUUGUAAUUGUAGCUACAUUAUGGCACUGUUAUUGUGCAGUAUUGGAUAAUGGUACAGUAUCAAUUUAAGGUGUAGCUUGCUUUAAUAAUAUAACAAUAUGUGCCAUUUGAUGAGGUGGAUGUUUUUUCAGAUUCUCGGAUGCUCACUCUCUCAGGCUCAAUGAAGGGCCCCCCUGAGCGGCAGGAGUGGAGCCCCUGUCUGAGACAGGAGGACCCAGAGCCCACACUGAUCAAGGAGGAUCAGGAGGGCAGGACCAGCCAUUGGAAAGAGCAGUCUCCUUACAUGAAAGACUCACCUCAGUCCUCACAUGCAUACCAAACUGUAGACUCAUCGGCACUCGCUGACACAGAGACCGGCAGGAGAAUGGGCAAGCUUCAACCAUGCCGUGACUCUCAGCCUCCCUCAGAGGGAAAUACAGACAGCCCCUCAGCCCGGAGUGAAAGCCCCAGUGAGAGUGAGAGCAAGGAGAGUGAUGCUGAGUACCAACAACUGCAAUUGAAAAACCCACACAGGAGAGGAAGUGGAAAGGGCCAGAGAGUAAGGGGUCAAAGUUUGAAGGUCAGCGGGAGAAAGGGAGCAGAGACCUCCUUCCAGGAGUCUCCAUCCUUCUCCAUCCAGAUUCAACAACCCUCAUUCACCUGUAAG